GACCGACAGCAAAUCCAAACAAAGCUUUCCUCCUUUAUUUGCUCGACGACUGAAGAGACUGGGAUGAAAAUGUCUUCAAAAACUUUUUUAUUCCGAGUAAGCCAAAGUCUCCAUACCGUUGCAAAAACAACUGUGGACACGCACUUCUUCCAAAUACUUCCUCCUGGGUUAUUGAGAAUGUAAGAGACGAGCUCAUUAAUAGAAUUAACCUCCAAAGGGAAGCCGAUUUUGAGCCGACUUUCUGUAAACUACUACUGUCUGCUGUCUGGCUGUCUGUCUGUACACGGAAUCUAAAACCAUAUUGAAACAAGUAGAUAGAUACAUACCUAAUCAUCCAAAUAUCAAACCCACCAAAUCAUUCCCAUCACCUAUAAAACUUCCAAACCCAUCACCCAAUUUCUAGAGAGAGAAACCCCAUCUCUUAGAGAGAGAAACCUCAUGGCAGAAACACCACAACACCACCGCCAAGUUCCACCGGUGAUUACACUACCACCACAAUCAUCAUUCGAAACCCUAUUCACAGGUGGGCCUGGGCCGGGCCCAGGGUUCAGCCCCGGCCCAAUGACCAUGGUUUCCAAUUUCUUCACUGAUCAUUACCCUGAUGUGGAUUCACGCUCGUUUUCUCAGCUUCUUGCUGGUGCUAUGGCUUCACCUGCAUCAAACGCAACUGGUUUUGUGUUUGAUGGGUUGAAAGAAAGUGAUUCUGCAAAGAAAGUUGGGGGGUUUAAGGAAAAUAGGCCCGUUGACUUGGUGAUUGGUCAAUCGCCAUCUGGGUUUGUGUUUCCAAAUGUUUUUAGUCCUUCUGGGUUUCUUAAUUCUCCUGGGUUUUUAUCACCUCUGCAGAGUCCAUUUGGGAUGUCACACCAGCAGGCGUUGGCUCAAGUUACCGCUCAGGCUGCAUUAUCUCAAUCUUAUUUCAAUCAUAUUCAACCGGAAAAUCAGCCUUCCGCAACAGAGUCAUAUGAGCAACAACCACAAAUGGUCAACACAGUCAAUUCAAAAUCAGAUCACGAGGAUUCCCAAAUCGGGUCACCAGAUGAUUUGUCGGUUUCUCAAUCCGACGCUACUGAACCUCAACAAAUGAUUGCUACUGAUACCAAUGAUGGCUACAAUUGGAGGAAGUACGGUCAAAAACAGGUCAAAGCAAGUGAGCAUCUGCGAAGCUACUAUAAAUGCACAUAUGUUAACUGCCCGGUGAAGAAGACGGUCGGGCAAUCAGUUGAUGGUCAAAUAACUGAUAUCGUGUUUAAAGGCAAGCACAAUCAUGACCCACCUCCACCUAAGCGCGCUAAAGAAGGUGCUGCUGAUGUGAACAAACCGAUUAAUUCUCAAUUGGAAACGCGCGUUGUGGAAACGCCGGUAGCUGAUCAAGGAUCGAACCCGUUGAUGAAAUUUGAUCAAGUAUGUAAUCAGUUCAUUGAUCAGUUGAUGAGCACUGAUGAGCCAGACGAUGAACCUAAUCCAAAAAGAAGGAAUACUGAAGUCGGGCCUGUGUCUGUGCCUGUGGACCCGGCGGCUUUAUCUAACAAGAUGGUACCAGAACAGAAAAUUGUAGUUCAGACAAGAAGUGAGGUUGAUCUUUUAAACGAUGGGUUCAAGUGGCGAAAAUACGGGCAGAAAGUGGUCAAGGGGAAUACUAAUCCAAGGAGUUAUUAUAAAUGCACAUUUGCAGGAUGCAAUGUGAGAAAGCAUGUAGAAAGAUCUCCAUCAGACCCGAAAUCUGUGGUAACGACAUAUGAAGGGAAACAUGAUCAUGAUAUUCCAGUAUCUAAGCAUCGAGGAUACUUUAGCAACAAUGGUGGUGGGCAAAUGGGUAAAUCUACAAAACCGUCACAGCGCAAAGACACCAACUUAGGAAACAAUGAAAGACCGGUUCUUUUACAGAUGAAAGAAGAGGCAAUAACGGCAUAAACGCUGUUCUGAAUGUGGUAAUGUAAAAGAUGUCUUUUGAAGUUUGUAUUGUUGCUAACAGAAUAGUAGUACAUUUCGGAUUAUAAGUAUUUGAUGGUUUAUUGGAGAUGAGUCUUUGUACAAAUGGUCGGGUUGCUUGUAAUGAGUAGAUCGCGGGCCUUGCUCGCCCUAUUUGUUGUACACAAAGAGAGUUAUAUGUACUUCAAGUUUAAGGGUAGAUUAUGUGCUGUCAUUGUAGCUCUUGGUUGUUGGUUUGCUCUUUAAAGGAAAUUUUUGGAAUGCUG